AUGGCCAUACAAUCUGUUGAGAAUUCACUCUAUAUGUUUGUGAAUCUACAGAAUACUCUUGAUAUGGUAUCUGUUAAGUAUGAAAGCUCUGAGCCAUCAGACAUAAUUAAAGAGAGUUUGCUUGAGUCUAAGUCUGAUAAAAUAAAGUAUAAGAGCUCUCUAUUAUCAGCAGAAUCUAGCAGCAGUGAGAAUAAUCUGUCCAGCCCUGAUAUAUUAAAAUCAAGAUUGGAUCAUGAACUCUUCCUGCCCACAAAUACAGUGGAAUCAACAGAAGAAGACAAUAUACUUGCACACAAGCUGAUAUAUCUCUCUCAUAAAUGGCAAGCUGGAAAUAUUUAG